AUCAUUGGUCCAUUGGUUCCCAUUCAAUUUUGUUGAGCUGGAUCUCUCCAGCCGAACGCGGCCACUGCACCAGAGUUAAGUUACGUGCACACAGCCUUCCCGCUUCCUCCAUACGAAGAAGGGGAAAGAGAGGGGAGGAGGAGAAUGGAGGCAUCGGCGCCGCCGCCUUCGUCGUCGUCCGGGGACCGGACUCUGGUGGAAGCUGCACUGAGGAUACUGAAUGCGGAGGACCCCUGGGUAAAGGCUUCGCUAGGAGAAGCCACCGCCAAGCAAUGGUUCGAUGGGCUCAUCUCCCGACCUUAUGAUCCUUCCGUCAACCUCCCCGUUCCCGAACGACCCGCCAGGCUAUCUAACGUGAAGUUGGUGGCGCCCAGCCUGAUGCCGAAGCUGGGCAAAGCUGGUAGUCUGCAGAGCAGGCAAGCAAUUCUUCACAGUUUGGCUCACACGGAGAGCUGGGCCAUCGACUUGUCUUGGGACAUAAUCGCUCGUUUUGGUAAGGAAGAGGCCAUGCCCAGAUCUUUCUUUGAUGAUUUCGUGAAGGUGGCUCAGGAUGAAGGCCGCCAUUUUACGCUUCUUUCCGGUCGCCUGCAAGAGUUGGGCUCUUUCUAUGGAGCCUUACCCGCGCAUGAUGGUCUCUGGGAUUCGGCCAUCCAGACCUCGAACAGCCUCCUGGCCCGCCUUGCUGUUGAGCACUGCGUCCACGAGGCACGAGGACUUGAUGUGCUGCCAACCACUAUAUCCCGUUUCCGUAAUGGAGGUGACGAUGCAACAGCAGAUUUAUUAGAAACAGUUGUCUAUCCAGAAGAGGUCACACAUUGUGCCGCAGGUGUAAAAUGGUUCAAGUACCUUUGUCAAAGAACGCAACAGGGUUCACCGCAAGACAAGGACGUACAGGAAGACAAGAAGCUGCAGGCUCCUGAUCAACUUUCAGCAGCCACGAAUGAAAACAGUGAAGCCAAUCUUGAUCCUGUAAUUGAUACCUUCCAUGCUAUUGUUAGAACACAUUUCAGGGGCCCGCUGAAGCCUCCUUUCAAUGAACAAGCACGGCAAGCUGCUGGAUUCGGGCCCGAGUGGUACAAGCCUCUUGCGGUGAAGGAGUUUGGACUGGCAGAGUGACAAUCUUAUGGGGGAGGAGACGGCGAUGAAGAAAUGUCUUUAACAUUUUGUAUGAUUGUACUAAGAAAUGCAAUUGCAGCAGUAUCGAUAAUUAGUUUGCAGCC